CUAGGCUUCAUCUCGAAAAACAAAAUGGCGUCUCUUCAGUCUAGCAAAGUGCCAGUUGCUCAUUAAUUUACAAGCACAAAUUUAUCCCCUUUUCACAAUUCAAAUAAAAAUUCAAGUGAAUAAUUCGUGUAAAUUCGUGUAAAUUCGUGACGCUAGCGAUACAAUUGUCGGGACAUAGUGUUUCGCGAUAAUUUUUCCCCAAAAGAACAGUGAAAAUGUAGAGAGUGUGAAAAAAAAGAAAAAAAUUCCCGAAAGUGCUGUCCUCUGUGCAAGCUUCUUGGAAACGGAAAGUUUUUUUUUGAAAAUUCGUACUUUUUGAAGUGAAAAAAGAAAAUUGAACGGGAAAAUUUUUUUAACUUAAAUAAAGAGAGUAAAAAACAUUUAUUUCUCUUCAAAUGAUGUUUUUUUCAGUGUUAAAACGUGUGAAAUAGGUGAGAAAAAGUGUCGCCAUCUGUCGGAGGAAAUGAAACUCGAUUGUAAUUUUUCGUGAGUAGGAAAAUCAAUUUUCGAAAGAAAAACAAUUUUUAAUUAAACAAUCUCGUGUCUCGUAAAUAGAAAUUUGGUUUUCUUUUUUUUUACAUAUUAAAAAUUAAAAAGAAGUGUUUUUUACUAGUGUCAUGGCUACUUUUUCAUUGACCAAUCAGCGUCGAUUUUCGUGAAAACUCCUGUGACUUCGCGUCAUUUCGUCGUGUUACCCCCCCUCUCUCUCUUAUUUCGCGUGUUCACAACGUCAAUCAAAGAGAAAAUUCUUUUUUCCACUAAAUUGACAAAAAUUGUUCACCCCGCUGAAAAAAAAGAGAAGCGAACAUUUUUUUCCAUUGAAAAUAAAAAACUUUUUACGUGAAUUGUGUCUCUUUUUCUCUCUAUAAUGGCGGUACAUUGGGUCACGUGACCCCCUCCUUUCAGGAAAUUUGGGGGCAGGAGAAAUGGCGCAAACCAGAGAUCGAAAACAUGGGAAAUGUUGCGUGUUCCCGGGGAAUGUCAAUGUUUAUUUGUUUACAAUAUUAAUUGAAAUGUUUUAUUGUGACACGUGUAUUUGAAUUUUAGUAAUUUUUAAGAUUUAGAAAAAGAAAAUUCCAAGUGUGAAUUGGUGAAUUUUUUUUUCUUUGUUUUUUACGGGGGAUAUAUAUAUAUAUAUAGAUAUAUAGUGUAUUAUAUAGUCUUGUGUGUGUCGUUGUGGAGAAAAAAACAAAAAUGACGGGACGUGGGACAAAACGUCGGGGAAGACCGCCAAAGUCGGUGGUUAUGGAGAGACCGAAAAAAUUUCAAUAUCAUUUAAUGAAAAAACCGAAAUAUUUACAAAAUAAAGGUUCUGAAACGCCAUCGAGUCAACCGGGUACGCCGACGAUAUCGAGGGCGUCGUCACCGGUCGAAUGCGAGGAAACAGGCAGUAGCAGCAGACGAAGUACGAGGAGCAAAAAAGGACGUGGUGGACGUGAACGAAAUUCGAGAAAAGGUGGACACUCAACAGGCGCAUAUCAACGACGUGGUUACAAUACAAACGUCGACUAUCACGAUUCAGAAUAUCACUAUGGCUCUGAUUUUGGCGAUGAAUCAAGUGAAAAAAGUGAUCUCGAAGAGGAGCCAAUACAAUCGGAGGAUAAUUCAUCGGAUUCUAUAGAGGAGCCCGAUCCAUCGAGUGACAGUGAUUUUUCCCUAUCGAGUUACAGUAAUACAAGUGGAACACCAAGGAAAUCAUUAUUAAAUCAACAACAACGUCCACCAAGUCCCGAGCCAUUGUGGCUGCAAAAUCGAGAAUUACCAAUUCUCGAAGUACCAAAAUCAUCGGACGAUCUUCUUGUACCAAAAGAAUUUGUCAUGCCAUGUUUAUCAAUUUACGAAGUACUGAGACAUUUUCAAACACUCGUGCGUUUAACGCCAUUUCGUUUUGAGGAUUUUUGCGCCGCAAUUAUUUGCGAUGAUCAAACAAAUUUAUUAACGGAAUUACAUAUAAUGUUGAUAAAGGCAUUAUUGCGUGAGGAGGAUUCACAGCAAACGCAUUUUGGACCAUUAGAUCAAAAGGAUUCGGUGAAUGUGAGUUUAUAUUUUGUCGAUUCAAUGACAUGGCCUGAAGUAUUACGAUCUUAUGUUGAGAGCGAUCGUUCAUUUGAUCAAUGUAUAUUGACAAUAUUAACAAAUUGUGAAUAUCCAUUUACAACAAUUGACAAUAGGAUUAAGGUCCUACAAUUUUUGACGAAUCAAUUUCUAAUCACGAAUCCUGUGAGGGAGGAUCUUUUACAUGAAGGAAAUGUUCAUUACGAUGACCAUUGUCGCGUUUGUCAUCGACUUGGCGAUUUGCUUUGUUGUGAAACAUGUCCGGCUGUAUUUCACUUGAGUUGCGUCGAGCCGCCGAUGGUCGAUGUACCGACCGAAGAUUGGCAGUGCAGCCUCUGUAAGGCGCACAAAAUCAGUGGCGUCGUCGAUUGUAUUCCCGAUGUCGAGAAAAAGGGAAUCCUCUGUCGGCAGGAGCAUCUUGGCUUCGACAGGCACGGACGUAAAUAUUGGUUUCUCGGACGACGUGUCUUCAUUGAAAGUGAUGAUGGACAAGUAUGGUACUACAGUACACCUCUGCAAUUGGAAGAAUUAAUCGCUGCCUUUGAUAAAACCGAAAUGGAAGUUGCUCUCUAUCGUGAAUUAUCCGAUUAUAAAGACGAAAUUGUACGUCAAAUGGAAAUAACCGAAACACUCACGAAUCAAUUUAAGGGCAACAAGAAAUCCUUUCUAGAAGUUGAAAACGCGGCGAUAUUGAAGCAGAGAAAAGAGCGCGAAGAGCGUAUCGAGAAGGAGAAAGAGGAGAAACUUGAGAAAGAGCGUCUCGAGGCCGAGGAAAUGGUUCGUAAAAUGCACGAGGGUCCCGAUUCACUCGAGGAACGUUUAGCCAUCGUCUCAGGACAAUCUGAAGACAAAGAAAAUGAAACAUCGCUAAUUUCCUCUUUGAAUCAAGUUCCCGAUUGUGUCGGCGAAACCGUUGAGGUCGCCAACGAAACCGAUACAACAACAAACACCGAUUUAACAUCUACAACAACAACAACAACAACAGCUACAAAAGUGGCGAAAACACCCUCUUCAUCUUCUGCCGAUGAUGUCGAUGAUGAAUCUUCCACUGUCGAACCAGGAACUGGAACAGUACCUGGAACUGGUACUGGAACUGGAACAGGAACUGGAACACCAGGAACUGUAGGAACACCAGGAGCAAACGAAGAAGGUGUAAAAAUCACCAAAGACGGAAAAACCCAUAAAAUUCUCACUCGUUCAAAAACCGGUUCCCUAACGCCACGCACCUUCAACAUGGAGGAUCUAAAGAGGCGAAACAAGGAAGAAUUGGAGCGUCAAUUAAAAGACGAAAGCGACAGUACUCGUUUAACGAGACAAAAGGCCCAUCAAAUAGCGACCGGAACACAUCUCUUCAAACUCGGCAUGGACAAUAAUUUCAAGUCCUACGUGAAUCAAUACACGACGAACGUGAUCGCUCUGAAUAAACCCCAACGGAACGAAGAGCGCGACAAGAAACGUCAUCUGUCGCAUAAAUUCUCCCUGACGCCGCUCUCCGAGUUCAAGUGGAUCGGCAGUUUGACGGGAACGCGCGCUCUUCUUGUUUCGACCCUGCGGCAAACGAUUCUUCAGCUCGAGAGUAAUAUUCAAGCUUCGUUCAUGCACACAAAUUGGCCGUUGCUGCGAAAGCCUUGGACCAGUGCAGUCGGGACUUGUGUGAAUCCUCGGGACUUUGCGAGAGCGUUGAUUGUCCUGCAGGCUUGCAUUAAGCCGGUGGUGUUUGCGAAUGUUUGGAACGAGCAAUUGGGACAUGUGAAAUUGAAGAGAGUGACGGCGUUGGAGCGCGAGGAGAAGAAGAGGUUGGAUAAGAAGGAGAAGAAGGAGAAGGAGGACGAGGAGGAGAGGAAUCGAUUGACGUAUAAUUUUGUGAAAUACACCCUCGGGUUGAAGCAUCAGAUUUGGAAGCAGAAGGGAGAGGAGUAUAGGGUGCAUGGACAGUGGGGAUGGUUGUGGAACUCGGCCGGACGAAGAUUGAAGAACUCGGGGAAAAGUGAAUUGAAAAUGGAGGCGCAGAAGAUUAUGUUGCAAAUUCGCGAUCAAGAGGGGAUUAAAAUUUUAGCGCUUGAUCCGGCGACUUAUGAUUAUAUUGUCGAGGAAUUCGGCGAACCGAAACCGAAGGCUUCCGUCGUUAAUUCUUUCGCUAAUUCGAACCCUACUUCUGUCGCUAAUUCAAACGCUACUUCUGUCGCUAAUUCGAACGCUAAUUCCGUCGCUAAUUCGAACGCUACUUCUCCCUUAAAAAGCGAAAAGAGGGAAAAGAAGGAAAGACGAAAAAAUAGCGAGAAGGGCGAGAGGAAGGAGAGGGAGAAAAUCGAGGACGAAAAGUGCGACAAGGAGGUGAAAGUGGAGGUCAAGGAGGAGACGAGGCUCAAGCGGAGUUUGCGGAAUCAGCAGCGACGGAAGUCGAGAGUAGUGAGGGAGGAGGAGAUAAAGAGCGAGGUUGAUUCCGCGGAUCUUCAGUCUGAAUCCGCAGCCUCCAAGAUCGAGAAAUCCGCUGAGACGAAGAGCGAAACCGAAAGAGUGAAAAGCGAGGCGGAGAGAAUGGAAAUCGGAACCGAAGGCGACGCUGAAGCGUUAAAAAUCGAAACCGAAGGCGCUAAGACGCUGAAAACCGAAAGCGAAGGCGGUGAGACGCUAAAAACCGAAAACGAAGGCGUUGAGACGCUAAAAACCGAAAGCGAAGGCGCAGAGACGCUAAAAGGCAAAAGCGAAGAAAACGAAGGCAAAAAGACGCUAAAAGGCAAAAGCGAAGAAAGCGAAAGCAGCGAAGGAAACAAAGAAGUAAAAACCGAAGGCACCGAGGAAUUAAAGAGCGAAACGGGGGGAAUUGCGAUAAAAAGCGAAGCGGAACAAGGAACGAGUGGAACGAGCGCAAGUGAGAGCGACAACGAGAGUAAAAACAAAGAAACAACAAAAGAGGAAAAGAACCGAUUGAACCUCGCCUUCCUCGCCGGGAUGAAGAUCCAAAAGGUCUUCGAUCCCAUAGAGAGUCUGGAGGAGAUCGACAUUACAAAAGCCCUAACCACGCCCGGAAGAAUUCUCUAUCCGAAGAUAGCGAAAAAGACCCGAAUCGAUGAGUUCCUGGCGAGGCGCACGCAUCUAAAGCUCCUCGAGGAGAGGAAAUUUAUCCAGAUUGAAAAAUCGGCGCCGAAGAAUACGGCGAUAAUUAAUAAUGCGAUUCGAGAAAAUUGCGAACGGGGAAAUGAAAAUACAGAAAGCGGAACAACCGGAACGGGAACAACGGGAAAGGGAACGAAAGGAACGGAGACGAAAGCAGAAAGUGGCGGUGGUGGGGAUUUUUUGCAUAAUAUCCUGUCGGGAAAGGCGAUAAAUAAGGGAUUGACGCCGUACGCAAAGGAAAUGAUGAUUGUCCUGGCAAAACGAAUUCAACAGGUUAGAUUGCAAUAUGCAAAUAUUAUGCGAAUGGGACGCAAUGGAAAAUGCUAUUCGAAAUAUUGUAAUAUUCAACCAAUUGAGAAGACAAUAAGUGCUACGCAAUUGUUGACGGCUAAUUGUUAUUCGCCGAUUUGCCUGCAGAAGGCGAGAUUGAAGAGGGAAUUGAUUAUUCUGAUGAGAAAGGCGAAUGCUUUAAAUAAUAAUCAGGUUCCUGGCUUGACAAAAAUUGGCGAUGCAGCAGCAGCAACAGCAGCAGCAACAACAACGACAGCAGCGACAACUGAUAAAAAUUUACCCAUUAAAACUGAAGUUGUUGAGGAGAACAAAGACGCCGUUCGAAAGAAUUUAGAAUCGUCGAUUUCAAAUACGGUCACAGAACAAGUGAAAACGGAAAAUGGCGAUGAAAAUGAGCCAGAAGCAAAACGUAUCAAAUUGGAAGUUAAGGAGGAAGAAAAGGAGAUAAAAGUUGAAAAGCCGGAAACAGUUUCGACGACAAGUAAUGUUACAACAACAACGACAGUGACAACAACAACAACAACUAGUCAAACUGUUAAAACUGUCGAUGGUGUUGUUCAAAAAACUCAAGAAAGUGUUACGUCGGAAAAUUCUAUUGAUGUCACGACAGUCACUUCCGAGACAAAAAGUGUCGCUGGCAGUACAACGACAAUAAUUGUAAAUAAACGUGGACGUACAGUGCAUCGUUGUGCAGUUGCAAAGGAAUUAAAUGCCGAUGGUUCGGAGAGAAUAUACUCGGCACAAUCGACGGAGGGUAAAGUUUAUUUGAAGAAAAUUUCCAUUUCCUUAGCUGAGAGAAAGAAGAAGCGCACCCCAGUCAAGUAUCCAUUGUGCUCGACAUUCUGCACAAAAAAUAAACAUCGCAGUAUUCUUUUGUUGCCGCAACAUGAAUUACGAAAACUCGCCAGGCACGGCGGACGAACGCCCGUUCUUGGAUUUAAUCAUUCAGCGAAGGCGAACAUGUCAGUGUGGCCGUAUCAGUGUUCGCGGCCACUUUUCAAAACGUGCUGGCUUUAUCGAACGGUGGGACUAAAAUCGUUGGCAUCCGCCGCAUUGCAAUUGAGAAUAUUGUGGGCUUGCUUACGAUGGGACGAUAUGGCGACAAAACCACUGUCAAGUGACGGCAAACAUCAAAUAACAACUGACACUGAAAUAAUGUCACUGGAAAUAUUGAAACAUCGUCACGUUGGACAAUUUUUGGAUAAGUCGCAAUAUUUGCGUCGGAAAGUUCUCAUUCCCCUCGAACUUCCUAAACAAGUCAGAGAAGUCACAUCGAUAAGAAGCGGUUUGCGAAAGCGGAAGAGACCGGAAUCGCCGCACAGCACUGAACCACAAGUUUCAGAGGAAUGGGUCGAUGAGGACAAACUCGAACUCUGGGAAAUUAAACAAUACGGCGACAGGUUAGAGAAGGCUAAUGCCCAGAUUAUUACUAGGAGCCGUUCGGGCACGCCUCUAGUUGCGCCCGGCAAUCGUUCGUCGGGCAUUGGUGUUGGUGCGAAUGCGGCGACAACCGCCGCCGGUGGCGAUCAACAAGUCAGCGGUAAGCAAACGCCCGAGGAAAUCAAGGAGAAAAUGGAGCAACAAUUGCGAAUGCAACGCGCCGCACAUCAACAGAAACGCGCCCUCGAAACACUCAAGAGUCCUGCGAAUGCAAAUUUACCCGCCAAUCAACUCGUCAAAGUCACCACCAGCUCCAAUCAGGACGGCGCUAUAAAGGUGGUGACAAAAGUUGCAAUUCCCGCGAAUCCAAAUGCAACGCCAGGAAAAUCGCAACUUACUUCUUUGCUCACAACGCCAACGCAAAAUAAAACUUUAAUAGGAACUCGUCGAAUUUACAUGACAAAAACUCCUGACGGCAAUACGAGAAUUAUAUCAGGACCAACGAGUAUUCUACCAAAGAGUGAACAAUCACCGCAAACGCCUAAUCGUCAACAGUCAUUGAUUAAAGUAACCGGCACUCCAAUACCAGCGCCAAGUCCCGCACUCCAAAGUAUACAGCAACGUGUACAAAUUCUACGCGGUCCCGAUGGUAAAUUACAAGUUCGCGGCCUAAUGCCCGGUCAACAAUUGGUACAAAUGCCCGAUGGUAAACUACACGUUCUCAAUACUGGUCAAACUGCUCAACAAAUUGCCGCCGUACAAACAAAUUCACCAAUAGCGACAACAACAACUACUAUCGUUUCGACUCCACCAACAACAGUAGCAGCAUCGCCAGCAGGCACAGUCGUAACGACAAAAACACCACAAACAAAAAUUGCACCAGUUAAAAUAACACCGGCGAAAACAACCGUUGUUAUUCAACAAGACGGUACGGAGAAAAUUGUCCAACAAAAUGUCCAGGGUAAACGAUUAACGUCAAUAAAUGCGAGUCCACAGGGUGGAAAGAAUACAAUUUUAGUGACGAGUAGCGGGCAAAUUGUUCAGGGACAACAGAUUAUACAGAGCGGUGGUGCGACGCAAGUUGUCGCUGGCAAUCAAAUUGUCGUUAAUAAUCCAACUUUGGCGCAACAAUUGGCCACGGGUAAGGCGCAAUUGGCAACAAUUGGCGGUCAUCAAGUCAUUAUAAGGAGCACAUCGGCUGGUAAUCAAAUAUUCCAUUUGAAUUCAACGGCGAAUAGUGGAAUUAUCGUGAAACAGAAUCAGGCGACAACGACGCCGGUGAAAAUUGCGACGAAGGUGGUGGAAAAUUCACAGGAGGGAAGUGUUAAUAAUAAUGUUAGUGCCAGUGUGAAUAGUAGUGUUAGCGCUGUCACGACGGCGACAACAACGACUAGUAACAAUAAUAUUGCAAGUGGUGCACCGACAUCGACGACUGUGAAUAAUACCGCGACGGGUCAAGUGAACGCUACUGCGACUACGACAACUGCGGCAACGGCAACGACGCCAACGGCCGCACCAGGAAGUGUUGAGGCAUCACUCUUGGCGGGACAUCCGCCUGGAACGAUCAUCAAGUGCGUUACCGCGCAGGUUAUUCAAACGAGUCAGGGACCAAGAAUUGUGCUUCAAGGUUUACAGGGUACGGAAUUUACUCCUCAGCAAUUGACCAUGGUGCAGCAGCAGGUUAAGCAGCAACUGUUGAAAGCUCAAGCAACAACCGGUAAACAAGGAGUUCUUGGUCCUACGAAACUUUAUGUCGCUGUUCAUCCACCAGUGCCAACGCAAACUUCAACCACUCCGCAAACAAGUCCAGUGGUUAAUGCGAAAUCAGAACCUGAAAGUGAGACGCCAGAGAGUCCAGCUCCUCCUACACCAGUGGUAAUCAAGAAAGAAUUGGAAGUAAAAACAGAGGCAAAUUCAGCGCCAGCAACACCUGAGAAGCCAAAAGUCGUUGUUCAGCAAGUGGCAAGAAAUGCCGGAGCCGAAGGCGAACCGCAAAAACAACAAAUGGCCAAUGGUCAACAGCCUUUGCAGACGCCGAAAAAGGAACCUGGCCAAGCGUCGAAUAAAUUCGUCAUUACUCCGGAUUAUAUUCAGCAAACAAUUAAAAGUGCUUUGAAACAGGAGAAUUUGAAUCCAGAAAUUGAGGAGAAAUUAUUGCAACUUCAACGUUAUCAGGAGAAGCAAAUGAAAGGCACGGAGAAUACAAUUUCAAGUAAUCAAAGUCAUAAUCAAAUUGCAACAACGCCACGAACACCGGCGAGAAAACGACCGACGCCAACUGCAACAGCAGCAACGGGAGCAGCAGCAGCAGCAACAACAAUAAAUACAACAAACAUUCCAGCCACAAAUGUCACGACAAAUUUGCAAAAUCUUGUCAAUGACAAGGACAUUGAUUGGUCUGAGCCACCGAAAAAGAAGAUAUCGCCGAAAAUUGAACCUCGAGAGCCCGUUGGUAAAAGAAAAAGCGAUGAAAUGGAAAUGCAGGAGAAUGAAAUCUCGCCCAAGAGUCGACCGAAUAAAUUACGUGACUCACAGGAUUUGAAGAGGAAAUCAAGAGUCACAUCGCAAAUGAACGUUUUACUCUUUCGGCAUAAGGAAAUGCUUAAAAAAGAUAUUCUGAAGAAACGAGCGCUUCUUGAGAAGGAACUUUCCAUUGACAUACAGAAGGAUCUCUCGGCAGAAUUGGCGAGUCGAACGAAAGCAGAGAGACAUAAACAGGACGAGGUGAAGGUGGGAAGCGCAAAACGCAAGAGUAAUGCGCAACCCGCACAACAAGUGAGUCCACCGAAUCGUAAUGUUAAACCGAAGAGUCGAAAGAGUCAUGGAAAUAGUACAACGCCACCGGGCGGCUCUUCAGCGGCAAAUGCGAAUCGAAUCAAAAAGGAGAAACUUUAUUGUCUCUGCAGGACACCAUAUGAUGAAACUAAGUUCUACGUGGGGUGUGAUUUGUGCAACAAUUGGUUCCAUGGCGAGUGCGUUGGCAUCACUGAGGAAAUGAGCAAAACUCUUUCGGAAUUUGUUUGCACCGAAUGUCGUCACGCGAGGGACACACAGGAACUUUAUUGCCUUUGUAAACAACCCUACGAUGAAUCUCAGUUUUACAUCUGUUGUGACAAAUGUCAGGACUGGUUCCAUGGGCGUUGUGUUGGUAUUUUACAAUCGGAGGCUGACAAUAUUGACGAAUACGUGUGUCCGAAUUGUCAACGGAAUUCGUCGGUUAAUUUUGCGAAUAUGAAAAAUUUAAACGCAAAAGAUCUUGACCUCUUGAAAAAAUUAAUCAAACAAAUACAGCAACACAAAAGCGCUUGGCCGUUUAUGGAACCUGUCGAUCCGAAUGAGGCGCCAGAUUAUUAUAAAGUUAUCAAAGAACCAAUGGAUCUACAAACAAUCGAAUUGAGGAUAAACGACAAGAGUUACAAGAAAUUAAGUGAAUUCAUCGGCGAUAUGACGAAAAUAUUCGACAAUUGUCGUUACUACAAUCCAAAGGAAUCGCCAUUCUUUAAAUGUGCCGAGGCCCUUGAAACAUAUUUCGUCCAUAAAAUCAAGUGUCUACGGGAAAAGUUCUCCGAAGGUAAAUGAAAAAUCAAAUAAACAAUUUCAAAGAAAAAAAAAAUAAUUGUGAAAAGAAAAUGCAAAAAAUGCAAAAUGAAAACUUGAAAGUGUCCAAGUGUUGUAAAAUAUUUCUCUAUAUAUAUUAAACAAAAGACUUUUUAAAAAUUAAAUUCGCCAGCGAAGAGUCAGUGCGGUUUUUUUUAAAUCAUUACUUUCCUCAUUUUUUGGAAAAAAUUGAGAAAAAAAGAAACAAAAAGGGAGCCGUGAAAAUUUCGCGUUUCAAGAUGAGAUGAAAAAAAAAUGAAUUAAAAAAAUAGAAGAAGAAUUCAGCGAAAAAAUUAAAAAAAGAAAAAAAAGAGAGAGAGAGGGAAAAAGUGUAUAAUUAAAAAAAUGGAGAGAAAAACCGCUUCUGUGCCAGUAAAAAACACGAAACUCAAAAAAAAACCUAGAUUUUAAGUUAUAAAUAUAUAAAAAAAAUAAAAAAAAACUAGCGUUAAAAACGUUUUUUCUUCACGUUUUAAUUUAUUCGCUCGCGCGUCUUUUUAAAAAAAAUGAAAAAUUCCUCACUCGACGCGGAAAUGAUUAAUUAUACAUAUAUUAAUUAAAUUGAAGAAAAAAGAAAAAAAAGUUAGCUGAAAA